GAUAAUUCGAGCCUGAAUUUCGCUGUGUUCGGCUGCCCCGACUUCGCUUACAACCCUGAUCACUGCCUCCACGGUCUCUCUGCGUCUCCCCUCACUACUCGGAACCCUCUUCACUCGCAGCUUCCAGACCCACCCAAGCCCUUUCAAGUCCCUGCCCCUCCCAAAUUCCUCGAGCCCUGGAUCCCCAGUACACUUUCUCAUCUUCACUCUUCCCUUAGGACCCCGCGCCCUACUCACUUCCCCUCAGUUGCCUGCAACCUUGAGUCCACCUGCAAAGAAUCACAUCAAGCAACUUCCUCCAAUACCAGCCUGCUGCCCAGCGUGGGAAGGACCUCAUAGACUUGGCCACUUUUAGUCCUCACCCAGCUGCCAGUGGACACCGCCCAGAUGAAGAUGAAGAGGAGGAAGUCUUGAUUGGGUGGCAGGAGAAGCUCUUUAGCCAGUUUGAAGUAGAUCUGUACCAAAAUGAAGCAGCCUGUCAGAGCCCUUUGGAUCAUCAGUACCGUCUAGAGAUCCUGAAGCUGGAGGAUUCGGGUGGCAGGAAGAACCGCCGAAUCUUUACCUACACUGACUCUGAUAGAUAUACCAAUUUGGAGGAGCACUGUCAGAGAAUGACCACUGCAACCAGGGAGGUACCAUCAUUCUUGGUUGAGCGAAUGGCAAAUGUCAGGCGGCGACGUCAGGACAGGCGAGGGAUGGAGGGUGGCAUCCUCAAGUCACGAAUUGUCACCUGGGAACCCUCAGAAGAGUUUGUCAAGAACAACCAUGUCAUCAACACCCCUCUUCAGACAAUGCACAUCAUGGCAGACCUGGGCCCCUAUGGAAAGCUUGGCUAUAAGAAGUAUGAACAUGUCCUCUGUACUCUGAAAGUGGACAGCAAUGGAGUGAUCACAGUAAAACCUGACUUUACUGGCCUCAAAGGACCCUACAGAAUUGAGACUGAGGAGGAGAAGCAGGAGCUGUGGAAGUAUACGAUCGACAAUGUGUCCUCCCUUGCACAGCCAGAGGAGGAGGAGCGGGAACAGCGUGUGUUCAAGGAUCUCUAUGGCCGGCACAAGGAAUAUCUCAGCAGCCUGGUGGGCACUGACUUUGAGAUGACUGCCCCAGGUGCCCUUCGGCUCUUUGUAAAUGGAGAGAUAGUUUCAGCUCAAGGCUAUGAGUACGACAAUCUCUAUGUCCACUUCUUUGUGGAAUUACCAACUAACUGGUCAAGCCCAGCUUUCCAACAACUCUCAGGAAUAACACAGACCUGUGCCACCAAGUCCGUGGGAAUGGACAGGGUGGCUUACUUCUCCUAUCCAUUCACAUUUGAGGCCUCCUUUCUACACAAGGAUGAAUCAGCUGAUGCUCUCCCGGAGUGGCCUGUGCUCUACUGUGAGGUCCUCUCACUGGACUUCUGGCAGAGGUACCGUGUGGAAGGCUACGCGGCUGUGGUGCUGCCCGCCACCCCAGGCUCACACACCCUGACAGUCUCCACAUGGAGACCCAUGGAACUUGGCACGGUGGCUGAGCUGAGGAGGUUUUUCAUUGGUGGUUCUCUAGAACUGGAGGACCUCUCCUACCUGCGGAUACCAGGAAACUUCAAGGGAGAGCGUCUGAGCCGCUUUGGGCUCCGCACAGAGACCACAGGUAGUAUCACCUUCCGCUUGCACUGCCUGCAGCAGUCCAGGGCCUUCAUGGAGUCAAGUUCUCUCCGGAAAAAGAUGCGGAGUGUGUUGGACCGUCUGGAAGGAUUUAGCCAGCAGAGUUCCAUUCACAAUGUGCUGGAGGCCUUCCAUCGAGCCCGGCGCCGCAUGCAGGAGGCCCGAGAAAGCCUUCCUCAGGACCUCGUGAGUCCCUCGGGAACGAUGGUCUCCUAGCUUGCUGUGACCCUGGCCUUCCACGCAAGAGGACAAGACAAGUGAUAGCUAGAGCCAGUGCUCUCUCACCUCCUCAUCUUUCUUAUUAGAGACCCGCUGCGAAGACCCCUGAGCCGGCCCCUCUGCCUAGUCUUCAGCAGGGUCUUCUCCCUGCCAUGCGGCAAUAAAGCCACAGAGACCCUGUGGCCUCCAUAUUCAUGUUUCAGCUACUGCAAGUGGACAUCACACCAAGAUGGAUUAUUUUGUUUUGAGACCAGUUUGGGAUGACCCCAUGGUUAGUUCUGUCCUCUAUCUCAGCAGUGGGCUGCAGGUGCCUCCUUCUCCACAACCUCUCUACAAGUGGAGGCUCCAGAAAGAAGGAAAAUGAGAUAGAUCUUGAAUUCCCAGCCCAGGAGUCUCAGCCUCGUCUCUCCAGGGUAGUGUCGUCCUACUGUUUGGGGCUUGUUGCAUCCGAGGUACAGUUAUUUCUGGAAUAAAUGAAGGCUGAAGGCAGUGCCCAGUCCUUUCUGCUA